AUGAUACUUCUUGUUUUAUUUACAGAUGUCUGCAGACAAGUACAUUUCUUACAAGGCAUUCCUGAUAAAGCCCUUAUUGGUCACAUCAUCAAAACGAUACCAGUGGAGACAGAUGACCAUUGUGAGAUUGCUUGUUACCGCGACCUCAUGUGUCUCUCCUAUAACAUAGGACCCAAACAGGCUCAUGGACAUCAAUGUGAGCUCAGCAAAUCGGAUCACAUCCAAGACCCUGCUGAUUUAGUUCCUAUGGCAGGGUAUAUAUACAGACCAACUGAGGUACACAAUGUAAUGGGCCAUUUCUGAGUUUCAAAAAGGCCUCUUUCUCAGAAUGAGGCCAAAUUAGUAAAGCUUUUGUCGUGAGAAUGAAGGUUAUUUACAUUAGGAGAGAAUAUGAUUUCCGCCCAAAAGUGUCGCACAAUAAUAGCCUCGUUUCAAAGUAAUGUUAGAGAGAGGGAGAAUGGAGACUAAUGUUCCCUGAACAUCUAACUUUAAUUCAUCUAAAAUAAUUAUGCCGUAUAGCUGACUUAAAAAAGAAAUUGCAUAGGGUUUUACCAAAUUCAGGGAACAAAUUUAUCCUCUUUGGCAAGAUUUUAGUCAGCAGCUGUCGUUGACAAGUUUUCGAAAUCUUUGCUGAGGUAUUUAAAAAAAUGUUUCUUUUCGCCUUUUGGGAUUAAAUGCGACAUACUGUAAUUCUUUGUAUCGGGCGCACUAAUUUAACUCUUUUGCCAGGAACUACGCCGUUUUUUAAAUCUCCAAAGUUUUGCCCAGUUCAUUUUUAAGUUUUGGCAACUGUUCAUGAUUUCUCUGCCAGAAUAACGUGACCAAUAUUUCAUUUAUUUCUUGGUUAGAGUCGUUGUUCGUCAACUCCCUGCCCUGAUAACGCCACAUGUGUUUCCCUCACGGAGACAAUUUUCCAGUGUCUGUGUCCACCAGGAUUUACCGGUGACAGCUGUGAAACGGGUAUGUUAAGCAAACCAAGCAAUGUUGUGUCACCUCAUAAAUUAAGACGCGAUUGUUUUUAGUUUUGCAUCUGAUUGCAUGAAUUGAUUGAGAGGAUAGAGCGAGUAUUCCUAACCAAUCACAGAGCGAGGUAAAGCAAAUCCAAAACAGUUUAGGAUCACUUUCGAUGCUUGAUCUAACUGACCUCCCUGAGCUGAUUUUCCCCGUCACUCAUUUGAAAGUCGCUCUUUGUUACAGACAUAGACGAGUGUGAAACCAACCAGUUCAACUGCCCGGUGAACGAGGAGUGCGUUAACACCGCGGGCUCGUAUGUGUGCAAUUGUGUCAGCGGUGUAUUCGAUGGCGUAGGAGUCUGCCAGCUUUUGACAGGUAAGCUAAUGGGAAACGUCCGCGAGAAAGUAUGAUGCCCUAAGCAACGCGAGCCGGCGGGAGGUCUGUAAGGGACUUCAUUUUAUACGCAAUAGAAGCUACAACCUGAGCUACUUUGAGAACAAACUUAAUGUUCGAAUACCACCAACAAAUUCAUUCAAAAAUAGUUUUAGUUGUAGUGGCGCCACAUUGUGGAAUAGCCUCCCUUGCGAGGCUGGAUGCGCGGAAUCCCUCGAGUCGUUCAAACGAGAAAUCAAUAAAGCUCUCUAAUGCUCGGUGAUAUAGUGUAAUUAGUAUAAUUAAUAGUUAACAGCUUUUAAUCCUUUGUAAAUAGCUGGUGAAUUGCCCGUGAUUACAUAAAUUUUAAUGCAAAUAAUAACACUGAUAAUGUCAGACCUCCGGGCUAACCUCAUCCCGACUCGUCUCAAAUCUUCCCAUGGGCGGGGAAAAGCGUGUCCUAUAUCGCUAAUAACGAGGCCUGGUAUCUAACUUUUUUUUUUCUCUCUCUCUCUUUGAAAGGAACAGAUUGCAAGGAGAUCAAGACCACAUUCCCGAGUGCUCCAGAUGGGAUGUACGAAAUACAACCGAACAUCGGAAACAGCAAAUUCUGGGCGUAUUGUGAUAUGACGUCAUUUGGAGGAGGAUGGACGAUGUGUUACUCUACUGACGAUCUUGCUGACCCUAAAACAGAAGUGACCUAUGACGAGAAUUAUCCCUAUGGUACAAAUGGUUACCGAACUGACUGCAAUGAAGUUCAGGUGAUUAAGAGAGGUUAAGAUGUCGUGCGAUGUUAAAUUUUGCAAGAGUUUUACUUUGAGGAUUAGCGAUGUUUUGCAAAUCCUGGCUUAUGUGUUGUCAUAUUUCAGGCGCCAUAACGAGUAAUCAGCCUGAUAAAUAGUUUACAAACACUCACUUGACUUGAUGUUAUUCUUAAGAGGUUCUAAAUCUUUUUUUUUUCUAGAAAUAUUUCGUCUUUUCAAUUUUUUAAAUUUAUUUAUGCUAAACUUAGGGUUUGGACCUACUCUGUACUUACACUCUAUACUUAUUGGUGAGUCUAAUGAGGACUCAUAGUGAUCCCCGCUGAAAUGCCAAAUUUACUCCAGGAAUGUCAGUACCUUCUGUAUUGUGCUUCAUAUUGUCUAUCACUCAUAAUUUGAACACGAGUCACUGUUUCCAAAAUUUGAUGACCACAUUUUCAAAAUGAGAACCUGUUCUUUUUUGGAAUGCUGAACUAUUUCUUGUUUGAAUGGUGCCUUUUUCAUCAAAUUUCAGUCUGAAGAUUCUUAAUCUACUUGUUCUUGUUCUCUUAACCAACACAGCCACUGUUUUUUGUUUUUUUUCUUUUGUUGGUUUUUUGCUUGCAGUUUCGUGAAAUUCUCUUUGUGGACGAGACUACGAAUGAAAAGGCUUUCUUUACCUAUAAACUUAGUUCCAGCCUCGUCGCAAAGGGAAAUUACCAGACACAAAUCUCCGGCCUGUGGCUCGGUGGAGGUGUAGCUACCACAAGUCAUGAGUACCAGCUUCUUAUUUGUGACCACAGCUUCUACUCUGGCUUUUUCAUAUCCGGUUAUACAAACUGUUAUAAGAGGUGCAAUCAUUGGUGUGGUGAUCUGCUCACUCCUUACUUCCGAUCAGCGUCCACUAGUCCAAAUUAUGCCGGAGUCGCCUUUAACGUCAAUGGACAUAGGCCGCGAAGCAUCAGACUGAUGAGUGUUGGACUGAGAUAA